AUGUCCACGUGCACAGCCCGUGUAUUGCUUUGCCUAUCUGAGAAAGGCCUUGAAUAUGAACUCGUGCCAGUCCAGAUGUCGAAGGGAGCCCAUAAGCAACAACCUUAUCUAUCUUUAAAUCCAUUUGGACAAAUACCUGCAUUUGAAGACGGUGAUGUCAGUCUCUUUGAAUCUCGAGCAAUUUGCAAGUACUUGGCACUUAAACACAAGGACAUAGGAACCGAUCUCCUCCGGUCUAGCAGCUUCGCAGAGGCCACCAUUGUUGAUCUAUGGAUGGAAGUGGAAGCUCACCAAUUCAAUGGUCCAAUUUCUGCAUUCAUUAGACAAAUUUUUCUCAAUCCCAUGUUUGGACGUGCUCCAGACGAGAAGGUAAUCGAAACUGAAACAGAGAAGCUAGGAAAAAUUCUUGAUGUGUAUGAGGAGAGGUUGUCUAAAUCGAAAUAUCUUGCUGGGGAUUAUUAUACAAUGGUUGAUAUGAACCAUAUUCCUUACCUUGUUUACUUCAUGAAGACUCCAUAUGCAACUGUUGUAACUUCUCGCCCCCAUGUCAGUGCUUGGUGGAAGAACGUUUUAUCGAGGCCUGCUACCAUUAAGGUUUCAUCAGGCAUGACGCUCUAG